AUGGCCGACCGCGAACCUCCGUAUGAUCCUUAUAUCCCGGCUGCUGGAAAUGGCGCUGCUGCCGGUGCUGGCAGCGCUGCGCCCAAUGGAAACCAAAGGACCGCAGCUUUGCAGGCUCAAAUCGAUGAUACCGUGGGCGUGAUGCGUGAGAACAUCAACAAAGUUUCUCAGCGUGGCGAGCGUCUCGACUCGCUGCAGGAUAAGACGGACAAUCUGGCUGUAUCCGCUCAAGGUUUCCGACGAGGAGCAAACCGAGUACGGAAACAAAUGUGGUGGAAGGAUAUGAAGAUGCGUGUUUGCUUGAUAAUUGUUAUCAUCAUCUUGAUUGUCGUUAUCGUUGUUCCUGCUGUCGUCGCAACCCAUCACUAA